AAGUGAACAAAGGAACCUUGUAUGGUACUAGUAGGUAAAAAGGAAAAACAAUAGAGGCAAAAGAGUUGAAAUCCAAACUUAUUUUCAGUGUGUUUAUAGAGUCCUCCUGCUGGUUAUCCAUUCCUGCAGGCCGAAGCAACUCUUCCAUACAUAUAUAUAGAUAUAUAUAGGGUUUUACUAGCUGGGGUUGGGGGGAAUUCUUGUACAGUGAAGAACACCUGCAUUUGACAGAAAAUGGAGACCUCACUUCGUUAUGGUGGGGAUUCCAAGAGUCUGGUGAUUCAUGCCAAGGAGAUAUUCCCCCUCAACACUUUCACCCAUUUGCAGGGUCAUGCAGAACUAGACACUAAAAUUGGAGCACCAACUUAUCUCAGUGCUAUGAUAAGGCGAUACUUUCCUGAUCAAUAUGCCAGCCUCGCUGUUGGAGUGCAGUAUUAUGGGCGGCGAAAGCUCUGGUAUAAUGUUCGUGGUAAAAAGGCAUUUCCAGUGACAACAGAUGAUUCGGUAAACUUUCAUAUCAAGGGAAAGUACGAUGUGGACGAAAAACUUCUAGAGAAAAAAUCAAGAGUUGCUGCUGAAUUUACUUGGAACAUCAGGGAUGUGAAAGAAGACCAAGACGUGAGGCUCAAAGUUGGAUAUGAAGUCAUUGAAAAGGUCCCUUACUUUCAGAUUAGAGAAGCCAACUGGACUCUCAAUGUCACCAAAAAUGGGAAAUGGAAAGUAAGAUAUGAUUUGUGAUAUUUCUGAUGGACGCGCAAUUUGUUCCAGUUAGAAUGGGUUAUAAUUUCCAGAAAGAAGAAAAACAUCAUCUGUCAUCUGUGUUUCUGCUGCACAUUUGACAUUCUAUCGUUGCGAAAAGGCAUUACCUUCUGUAAGAUCUGCUUUUGAGUAUUGUCUCCAGAGAUAGUGACACAUUGCAAUACAAAAUUGAAACUCAUGAAAAUUACCUUUCAUUUGUGUAAGAAAUUUUGAUCUCCAUGUAUGCUUGUCUGCGUUGCCUCAUUUACUGUGAAGUUAAAGCUAAUAUAUAUGAUUCAGGAGUUGUGUUUCUGCA